CCCUGGUCCAGGACCAAGCACACUCGCACCGCCAUGCAGCCCACCGUCCAGCCCCCAGUCCACCGCGGCAUGCACCACCUCGACCGCGACGCCUUCAACACCACCCUCACCGUCCUCGCAGCUCGCCUCCCCGCCACCAGCACCACCCAGUUCAUGCAAAAGGACGCCAAAGACUACAUCCUCCGACUCCGAAGCGUCGCCGCCGUCGCCCCAGACGACUCGCCAGAGCACCGCCGCGUCCUCUUGCGCACAGCAGACCGCUCCGCUCUCCCCACCCACCUCCUCGACACGCUCAAGCGCAGCGACGCCAGCCUCGUCGAGCACAAGGUCACGUUCGGCUACGACUACUUCACCUCUGACCAGAUCCUCCAGGCCGUCCUUCCCGAGGACAUUCUCGACGAGUCGCCGACAGCGUUCACCCAGGUCGGCCACAUCGCCCACCUCAACCUGCGCGAGCAGUACCUCCCGCACAAGCACCUCAUCGGCCAGGUCAUCCUCGACAAGAACCGCACGCUGCGCACCGUCGUCAACAAACUCGACAUGAUCGACAACGUCUACCGCAACUUUGCCAUGGAGGUCCUCGCCGGCGACGCCGACUUUGUUGUCGAGAUGGCCGAGCACGACUGCAAGUUCCGGUUCGACUUCUCCAAGGUGUACUGGAACUCGCGCCUGCAGACCGAGCACGCCCGCCUCGUGUCGACCUUUUCGCCCGACGACGUCAUCGUCGACGGCUUUGCCGGCGUCGGGCCCUUUUCGAUCCCGGCCGGCAAGAAAGGGUGCGCCGUCCUCGCGAGCGACCUCAACCCGGCGAGCGCAGAGGCCCUCAAGGACAACGCGUCGCUCAACAAGGUCGAGCGCAACGUGCGCACCUUUAACGAGGACGGGCGCGACUUUAUUCGCCGCUCGGUCCUCGCCAUCUGGAACGAGCCGUUCCCGGCCUACGUCCCGACCCUGUCGUCUCGCGAGCGCGCACGACGAGCACGCGCCGCCAACGCCGCCAAAGCCGCCGCCAAGACGGCGCCGCCUCCUCCUUCCUCUUCUUCCACCUCCCCCUCCCCUCCCGCCGACUCUCUCGCCGCCCUCUCCCUCAACCCUGCACCAUCCGCCGACUCUCCCGCACCCGCACCCGCACCCGAACCCGCGCCCUCAAAGCCCCAACGGCGGCUCCCGAACCACUACAUCAUGAACCUGCCCGCAUCGGCCCUCACCUUCCUCGACGCGUUUCGGGGCCUGUACCGCCCGCUGUACGACCUCGUCGGCGAGCAUGAGGCGCACAAGGCGAUCGACGAGGCGGGCGGGCUCCCCUUCGUGCACUGCUACUGCUUCACCAAGGAGAUUGAGCGCGCCGAGGAGGACAUUUGCGAGCGCGCAACCGCCGUCCUCGGCUUUGACGUGCACCCAGGGCUCGCCGACUUUGCCGUGCGCUUCGUGCGCGACGUCGCACCGAGGAAGGAGAUGUACGUGCUCGAGUUCAGGCUCACUGACGACAUGGUGCGGUAGAUCUCGAGUGGGCGGGUCGUGCAUCGAGGGCUUUCUUGAGCUCCCU